AAAAAAGACCAAUUCGCACACUUGAGUUGAGUAGGGUAGUGCUUCAAAAGAAGGAAUAAUGCCCAAUAAGCUAUGGGGUUCGAAAGAAUCCGCCUUCAUUCUCAACAAAAUGGGCGAUCGGGACAGAGACCGAGAUCGAGCCCGAGACAGAGACCGAGACCGAGAUAGAGACAGAGAAAGACGCCGAGACAGAGACGAGCGCGAGCGUGAGCGUGAACGAGAACGGGAUAGGGUUCGCAGCAAGAGGUCCCGUACGCCCGAGCGCACCAGAUCGCGCCACACCCGCUCACGCACGCGCUCUCCAGAACUGCACCUCUCCCGCUCUCUUUCCCGUUCUCGCUCGCCGGAUGACCGCUCUCACCGGCGCCGCCACCACCACCAUCGUACACCGUCGCCUGAGCCUCGGAAGCGCCAGCGGAGGGAAUCCACCGCUGAGGACGAGAGGGAGAGGCAGAAGGUGGUGUCGGAAUUCGUUGAUGGAAUCGCCAAGGAGCAUCAGAAGCAGCAGCAAAAGCAGAAUAGCACUGGUAAUGGAGAGGGAGAGGAUGAGGAGGGCUUGAAUGAGGACGAGAUAGAGAUGAUGAAGAAGAUGGGGAUUCCUAUGGGGUUCGAUUCCACUAAAGGAAAACAGGUCCCUGGUGCCGAUGUGAGUGGCGUUAGGGCGGUAACUAAGCGCCAGCCCAGGCAGUACAUGAACCGCCGUGGCGGUUUCAACCGUCCUUUGCCCGCUGAGCGCAACCGCUAGUCUGGUGGGUGUUAAACCUUGAUCAAACGAUAUAGAGACUUGAAGGCUCAAGCAGGGGAUCAAAAUGAACCAACUUUCUUGGAUUCUUUGUGUUAGGUGAUAUUUUUACUGACAUUUUGUAUCUAAAUUAAUUAGUUACUGUCACAAGUGGUUUGAUAUUCGGAAUUAUUUUCUUCUGCUGUUGCUCUUUUAAGAUCUCGUUAGCUUAUAUUUUGUUCAACAGGAUGAUUCUUGGCAGUGGUCGGUAGAAUUCCUGCUGCAAAUGGAAGGACCCUUUCUGUUUUGAGUUCCUAUGUUUAGUGUGCACUUUUUGAUAAAUAGUCAUCUUUUCCGGCAAUUUAUAAGGGUAUCUAAAAUCCCUGUGGUGGAGCUUGCGUUAUUCUGUAUGCUAUGGUUCAGAAAUAGAAUCCCGUCUCAACUGGAUUAAAUA